AGUGCAUCUGCAAGCAGAAGCCGAAACCACAAGAUAGAACGACAACAUGAUCACGAAACUGGCGAUACAAAAAGAGAAACUGGUUCUUCAUUUCAUAAACAGACGCUUUCAUCCAUAUAUGACUUACAGCACACUGUGGUGAGAGGGAGAUGACAAAGGAGGAUGUGCUGAGAGAGUCCUCAGAAGGAGACCCGGUCCUGGGACGCAGCAUUAUUUCCCGCUCUUCUGACCGACCGGUGAUUCAUCAGGUGGCGUCAACGCCCAUGCCUUCAGACUCUGAGUUCUCCUUCUUUGACCCUGGUGAUCCUCAGUGCCGGGAGGUUCUGUUCGACCCUCGGACUACAGUGCCCGAGCUCUUUGCUAUUCUCAGGCAGUGGGUUCCCCAAGUCCAGCAAAAUAUUUGUUUUAUAGGCAAUGAGAUUCUAAAGAGAGGCUGCGGUGUCAAUGACAGAGAUGGUCUCACUGACAUGACUUUACUUCACUACAGUUGUAAAGCAGGGGCUCCUGGAAUAGGUGACGCUGAGAGCUCAGCCAGUUUUGCUCGUCAGCUGCUUUCCCUGGGAGCCGAACCAUCCCUACGCAGUCGCUGGACGAACAUGAAUGCUCUCCACUAUGCUGCAUAUUUCGAUGUUCCCGCUCUCAUCCAGGUGGUUCUUCAGGCUUCGAAGUCAGGAGAGGUGGACUCAACCUGCAGCGAUUUUUACUUUGGCACCGCCUUGCACAUUGCUGCCUCGAACCUGUGCAUUUCUUCAGUGAAGUGUUUGCUGGAGAUGGGAGCUAACCCUUCUUUUAAGAAUGAGAAGGGUCAGUGUCCAGCUGAUGUUGUUCCUGAGCCUUCAGACAUGCCUCUAGAAAUAGCUGACGCUGCACUGCAGGCCAAAGAGCUUCGUGCAUUGCUGCAGGAAGUCCUUCCCUGGCCAGUACCUCCCCUUCCUCUGCUGUGUGUUCGACCUACUGGCCUCCUCUCGGAAAAGGCCCGUGACCAGCUCUCAAGCAUGGGCCUUCACCUUGGAGACAAAAUAGUCAUUGCUGGUCAAAAGGUUGGCAUUCUGCGAUUCUGUGGCAGUACUGAAUUCGCUGGUGGUCUUUGGGCUGGAGUGGAGCUUCAUCAACCAGUAGGCAAAAAUGAUGGAUCUGUAGCAGGUGUUCAGUAUUUCACUUGCCCUAAUAAACAUGGAAUCUUUGCUCCACUUUCUAAAAUUAGCAAGCUUUCUGAGCGCCGGAAAGACAGUACCCGCCAGCUUGGCACUUCUGUCUCCCACCCAAGACGCAUUGACUUAGCACGAGUCACAUCAAAGGUCAACACAGGUUUUCUUUCCCGCAGUUGCUCAACCUCCUCAUCCUCUCUAGACUCCAGACAAACUUCAUCCAGGCGACAGCCACGCCCACUUCAACGGCAAAGACCGCCUCAACGCCCUUGGCAAGAACGAACCCCUCCGAGUGCCAGAUCCACACCACCAUCCUGCUCUCUAACCGCCACCCCACAUUCUGUAAUUGCUCGGAGCAGGACCCCCUCAGCAAGCAGUGCAACACAUGAGAACCCAGAGGUGCAUUUGGGAGAGCGAGUGUUGGUGGUGGGACAGAGGACAGGAAUUGUUCGGUUUUACGGCAAGACCAGUUUUGCUCCAGGAUUUUGGUUGGGGAUUGAGUUGGACAAGCCAAGCGGAAAGAAUGACGGCUUAGUUGGAGGAGUGCGAUACUUCAGCUGUCCCCCAAAACACGGAGUCUUCGCCCCACCCUCACGAGUUCAGAGGAUUCAUGGCUCAGUGGACUGUUUGUCAGAGCUGUCGUCAUCUCGGAUGAACUAUCCUUUCACAGGAAUCCGUCGCACUCUUAGCACAUCCUCAGCUAUUGCCACACAGAGAGAACCAAGUCGGAAAAGUCAAGUUACAAGGAACCGAUCAAGUAACUUGCGGCGACGUUGGAGCGUGGUCAGUGCCAGCUGGGGGAUAUCAAAGGCAAACAAUAAUGUUAGGCCUGUGCCUAACCGAGUCGGUGGCUCCACCAGUUCCUCUGGCUCAGACAGCACUGUGAAACUGCACCUGGGCAUGCAGGUCUUACUAAUUAGUGCCAAUGAAAUGGGUACCAUUCGUUACAUUGGCACAGCUGACUUUGCCCCCGGCCUCUGGCUGGGUCUUGAACUGCGGAGCCCAAGGGGAAGAAAUGAUGGAUCUGUGGGCAAUCAACGCUAUUUCAGUUGUCGGCCUGGCCAUGGGGUAUUGGUAAGGCCCAGCAGGGUCACUUACCGUGGUAUAAAUGGAGCCAAGCUGGUGGAUGAAUGCUGCUGAGACGGUCACACAUUUACCAUCCAUCUGUCUUUAGGUUAAGUUUGUUUUCUUGUAACACUUUAGCAAACCUGAAAGAUAUGUAUUUAAUACUGCUGUAGCUAUCCGACUUUUAUAGCUGAUAAACUGUUUACUUAAUUUUUAUGUCUUCUGGUGUUAGUUUCAGCUAAACAAAUACUGUGUACGAAAAUGUUUUAUGUCAAAUCUUGCUGAGAAAGUUUUGGCUAGAUGUGCAAGUUCAAACAGGGUACAGUAAACAGUAGCAAUAUCUAAGCACUUUAAAAGGAAAACACUAAACUUAAACUGCAAACAUUCCUUUUAGAUUUGAUAAAAUAAUAAUCACUUUAAUAUUAUCAUAAUCUGAGAACUACUAGUUAUUAUGGGUAAAAAAAAAUCUAAAAGUAUUACUCCGCAGAUGAUGCAGCAGUUGUUGCUGACUGGGUUAAUUACGAUUUUUUUUUUUGCAUGUUAGACAUACUACUCAGCAGAGAAAUCAAUUCUAUUAAGUCAAUGUCCAUCUGAAUUUACCUUUAGUUUUUGGAUUAAACCCAUAUUAGGAGCAUUAUUGUGCAUGUAGUAGAUGACUUCUAGAGUUUGUCAAGAUUUAGAAUUUCAGAGGCAACCAAUUAUAAACUGGAUAAUUGUAAUUUACUGUUUUUAAAUUAUGUAAGUUGUAAUACUUCGAAAUAAUGGUGAGGUUGACACUCUUCAUAUCUGAUUCCAUAAAUAUUAUAGAUUUUUUUAUUUAAGAUUAUAUGUUAAUGAGAAGAGUCUGCUAUAAUCAUUUUCCUAAAUAGUUUUUUUAUUUUAGGAGAAAUUGUUAUUCAAACUUUUCAAGGGUAACUGUAACAUUACAUAUUUGAUCCAUUUAUUUCAUGUGUAUUUGUAAUUGUAUUUUUAUUUCUAUUUUCUAUAAUUUUCCAUAUAGUUAAAGACAAAAACCUUAUACAAAAUUCUUAAGUCAGCAACCAUUAGUCUUAAGUUACAUUUUUGGAAAUUAAUGCCUGGUCUGUUUUUGAUGUCAGGUAAAUGCUCCUCAGAGCUAGCACAUGACCAAUGACUGAUUCUUUAAUGAUCAUAUCAAUUGCACUAAUAAGAACAUUAAUAGACAGACAUUGACAUAUUUUAUGAGGCAAACUGAUGAGAAAUACACAAGGGUAAUAAUACAUACAAAUAAUUAAAUGAAUAUGGUUAUAAAACAAGACAAAUUCCAAUGGAAAAUAAUGUCUUAUUGUACCUGUCAGGCUGCAGGUGUAUUCUGUACUGUAUGAACAUUCUCUUAUUGUGUUUGGUGUAUAUUUUCUCUGAAAUGAAAUGUAGUAUUUAGAAAUAAAAUGAAGAAAUUAAGUACAUCUGAAUUAUUAAAUGUAAUGUGCAUAGGGUGUUUGUCAAAUAUUUUGUAUAAAAUACAGUGGCAAGAAAAGGUAUGUAAACCCCUAGGAAUGAACUGGUUUUCUACAGUGAUUUGACAUAAAAUGUGAUCUGAUCCUUAUCUUGGUCACAACAAUAGGCAAACACAAUGUGCAUAAGCUGACAACAUACAAAUAAUUCUAGUUGUGUCUUUUUUAAAACAUCCAUUAAACAUUUACUGUGCUGGACAAAAAUGUAAGUGAACCCUUGUAUUUAAUAGCUUGUUGAACAUCCUUUUGCAGUAAUUCCUUUACUUUAAACAAGUGCUUUUAGUAGCUCUGAAUCAGACCUGCACAUCGUUAAGAAAUAAUUUUUACCCAUUUCCCUUUACAAAAAUGGAUAAACUCAGACCAAUUUGUAGGAUGUCUUGUGUAAACCGCUCUCUUGAGGUCAUUCCACAGGUUAAGGUCUGGGGUUUGACUAGGCCACCCCAAAUGGCGCAUUUUGUUUUUCUUUGUUUUGAUCCCUCUAAAAUCUGUAUUUUAUAA